UUAGUUGUCAUUGGACACUACCGCUACUUAGAGAAGUUUACGCCAUAUCUCUUCGCCAAUCAAGAAUCUCCAACAUGAACUACAUUAGCAGAGCAGCGGCCUCGGCUGGGCUACCCCGACCAUCCGAAGAAGUCGGCUACUUGAUCUACUGUCCAACAAUGGCAGAAUUGGAAGACACGUGUAUGAAGGAAUUGGACCCUGAAAACGACUUCGAGAAAGAUGAUAAACUUCACUUGCAGACUAUCAUUGCACGAUCAAGAGUUAAAGAUGAAUUUGCAACCAUAAGACAGAGCAUGACAUCGAUAGCAGGGGAGUUACACUUGGAAGGGGCAUCAUCCAGCCACCAAGGUCACCAUGAAGCAAACCGUGUUUUAAGAGCAGAGGGUUGUAUUAACGCGGUCCGUUCAUCAAGUUCACCUCAACAUCUGAGUAGUAACAUAUUGAAUCAAAACUCGUCACAUCUUGGGGAUAGUACCAAGGUCAGUACAUCAAGUUCAUCCCAACAGCUAGGUAGUAACAUCGUGAAUCAUUCAAGCUCGUCUCAGCAUGGGGGUAGUAUUAACGCGGUCCGUUCAUCAAGUUCGCCUCAACAUCUGAGUAGAAACAUAGUGAAUCAUUUAAACUCGUCACAUCUUGGGAAUAGUACCAAGGUCAGUACAUCAAGUUCAUCCCAACAACUAGGUAGUAACAUCGUGCAUCAUUUAAGCUCGUCUCAGCAUGGGGGUAGUAUUAACGGGGUCCGUCCGUCAAGUUCGCUUCAACAUCUGAGUAGAAACAUAGUGAAUAAUUUAAACUCGUCACAUCUUGGGAAUAGUACCAAGGUCAGUACAUCAAGUUCAUCCCAACAACUAGGUAGUAACAUCGUGCAUCAUUUAAGCUGGUCUCAGCAUGGGGGUAGUAUUAACGCGGUCCGUUCAUCAAGUUCGCCUCAACAUCUGAGUAGUAACACAGUGAAUCAUUUAAACUCGUCACAUCUUGGGAAUAGUACCAAGGUCAGUACAUCAAGUUCAUCCCAACAACUAGGUAGUAACAUCGUGCAUCAUUUAAGCUCGUCUCAGCAUGGGGGUAGUAUUAACGGGGUCCGUCCGUCAAGUUCGCUUCAACAUCUGAGUAGUAACAUAGUGAAUCAUUUAAACUCGUCACAUCUUGGGAAUAGUACCAAGGUCAGUACAUCAAGUUCAUCCCAACAACUAGGUAGUAACAUCGUGCAUCAUUUAAGCUCGUCUCAGCAUGGGGGUAGUAUUAACGCGGUCCGUUCAUCAAGUUCGCUUCAACAUCUGAGUAGUAUAGUGAAUCAUUUAAACUCGUCACAUCUUGGGAAUAGUACCAAGGUCAGUACAUCAAGUUCAUCCCAACAACUAGGUAGUAACAUCGUGCAUCAUUUAAGCUGGUCUCAGCAUGGGGGUAGUAUUAACGCGGUCCGUCCGUCAAGUUCGCUUCAACAUCUGAGUAGUAACAUAGUGAAUCAUUUAAACUCGUCACAUCUUGGGAAUAGUACCAAGGUCAGUACAUCAAGUUCAUCCCAACAACUAGGUAGUGACAUCGUGAAUCAUUCAAGCUCGUCUGAACAUAUAGACAGUAAGGGAACAGUGCGUACCAGUGAGAGUGCGAUGGAGAAUGUUCGGAAGUGUUCCUUUUGCAACAAGGAAUUCAAAUACCGUAUUCACCUUGAGCGCCACUUACGAACCCACACCGGGGAGAAACCUUUCAAAUGUUCACUCUGCGAUAAGGCGUUCGGGCAGAAGGAGAGUCUUAAGAGUCAUUUCGUAACGCACACGGGAGAAAAAUUGCACAAGUGUGGCAUUUGUGAGAAGCAGUUCUCACAGGCGACAGGUCUUCAUUACCACAUGAAAGUUCACAAUGGAGAGCGCCACCACGAGUGUCCUGUCUGUAAGAAGAAGUUCAUUGACAGAAGAGGAGUCAAAAGACACAUGAUAACGCACACUGGGGAGAAACCCGUUGAAUGUUCUAUAUGUCAGAAACGGUUCACGCAAAGACAUGCUCUUACAACGCACAUGCGGCAUCACACAGGAGAAAGACCUUUUGAAUGCUCGGUUUGCCAGAAAAGAUUUUUGACGAAGGUGCAUCUCACCUCGCACAUGCGCUCUCACACCGGUGAAAAGCCGUUCAAAUGUUCCGUGUGUGAUAAACAUUUUCCACAUCCUGGUAAUGUUUCUGUUCACAUGCGAACACACACAGGUGAACGGCCAUACGAAUGUAAAGUAUGCAAGAAAAGGUUUACACAGAGUUGUACUCUUUCAAGGCAUUUGAAAACUCACCAAAAUGAAGAGGAGGAAACUAAAUCAGAUUAACUAGAACUGAAUUUAAUAAUAAUGUAGUUUUUAUAUAGCACAUUUUAUACCUGUAAGGUUUCGCUUUACAGAAAUAAAAUUAUACAAAUAUAAAUUAGAACAGUGUAAAAACGCUUAAAUAACAUCACUUAAUCAAAUGGCUAAAUUAUGCUUCAUUAAAAAGACACGUCUUAAGUUCUGAUUUAAAUUCAGGCAGCCACCAGCUAGGGGUGUUUCAUGAAAGUUAUCAAAACUGAAUAAAUUGUCGGUGCUGACAAUAUCAGUGAAUUCCUUUGUUUUGAUUGGCUGAGAGGUACUAUGGCCUCUGACUGUUACUAUAGUAACUAUCGGAGAAAUACAACCUGUCAGUAUUUACAACUUUUAUGAAACGUCCGCAGUAUUUUUGGCCGCGCCGACCGUAAUAAUCCGUUCGAAUAAUGAGAACUCCAAAAUUUCGUUAUGUGUACUUACAACAGGUCAUAACUCCAUUAUUCAAGAAAACAUCCGUGUAAAUACAAAUAGGAUAACCAUGGAAGCUAAUUUCCAGUAGCUUUAGCUGUGAAGAUAAACGAACGUUUCAGUUUUGUAAUUGAUUUCGAUAUUUUUAUUUUAAUUUGUCGUCCCAUAACCCAAAUGACACACUUGUCGAAUAAAGGGGUCAAUUCUUACACCCCAAAACGGACCAACCGUUUCGUCGGAAUAGGUUCGGAUACACAUAGAAUAAGCAUGUUCCCGAUUUUUAUUUGAAAGUUUGCUUGUAGUUUAAUGAAGAGUCACGGAAAAUAUUCACGCUACACAUAAUAGAGAUUUGUCGCUUGACGACACACGACGAAUUAAAGAACAUAGAAAAUGUAUUGCCAAAUUUCCUUCAUGACAAAGAACAACAAUCAGGAAUUUUCUGUCGAAAAUGUGCGAAUUAAAAGAGCAGUUUUGUCUUGGACCCUGGACAAACGACACGUUUGUAAUUUUUCGUCAGCGUCGAAACUUAGAACGGAAUCUGCCCUUCCGAUUUUCCAAUUUCCGACAAAGACCUCUCUUAAAUCUGUCGUGCGCCGCGGAGCAAAAAAUCCCUGUUUCCGCGAUAUUCUCGAUUAUGAAUGCAUAGACUUUCAUUCAAUAAACGCAUUUGAUUACACGACUAAAAUGGAACUUGAUAAAUGAA